CUCUGGGAUUAUAGGCAUGAGCCACCGCACCCAGCCUAAGAUCUAUAUUUCUUUUUGUUUGUUUGUUUGUUGCUUUUAGAUCUAUAUUUCUUAUUCUUCCUCCACUUGCUUUUGGCUUAUGCCUGAAAUUGUAAACAUGGAGCUUUAUGUCUUUAUGUGAAGGUGGUGUUCUUCUGGAAAUGCCGGUAUCCCUGGGGUGGGUCUCAUGUGAAGCAAGCGCUUUACCAAGACAUGAGAUAUAAGUUUCCUACCUGGGAGAUUUUGAAAGGGGAGGGAAUGUGGGCAAAAUCCUGAGCACAAGUGGUUAGACUUCACUGACAAACCAGGGGCGGCAGCGCGGAGGUUCUGAGAAUGCAUUUGAAGCGAGACCUACUCCUCUUAUGAAGGCAGAGGAUUUAUCAAGAAGGAUAAGGAGAGCUGCAACACAUCAGUUUUGGACCCACUGCAUCACCUGUGGUGCAUUGGUUGACUGUAGGAGCUUUAGAGCAUUCCAGAAGGUCUCUAGACUUGUCAAUGGGGUCUACCACAUGUAUAAUCGACAUCAGUAUCCAUUUGUUUUUCUUAACAUUUCUGUUGAUUCAGGUAACUUAAUAAAAAUGCAUGCAGCGGAUUUGGAAAAGCCCCUGGUAGAAAAGCAGGAUCAUUCCCCUUCAUUAAGGACUCGAGAAGAAAAAAGGGACGUGUCUAUUUCCAGACUGCGAGAGGCCUUUUCUCUUCGUCACACAACAGAGAACAAGCCUAACAGCCCAAAGACUCCAGAACCAAGAAGGAGCCCUCUAGGACAGAAAAGGGCUAUGCCAUCUUCUAGCACUUCAGAUGCCAUCUCUGACAGAGGCGUCCUGAGACCUCAGAAAGAGGCAGCGAGUUCCAGUCAGGGACCCAGUGACCCUACGGACAGAGCAGAGGUGGAGAAGGACUCGGGGCACGGCAGCACUUCUGUGGAUUCUGAGGGGUUCAGCAUCCCAGACACGGGCAGUCACUGCAGCAGCGAGUGUGCGGCCAGCUCCCCAGAGGACAGGGGCUCGCAGGAACAUGGGGACUCUCAGGAGAAAGCGCCUGAAACUGACGACUCUUUUUCAGAUGUGGACUGCCAUUCAAACCAGGAAGAUACCGGAUGUAAAUUUCGAGUUUUGCCUCAGCCAACUAAUCUCGCAUCCCCAAACACAAAGCGUUUUAAAAAAGAAGAAAUUCUUUCCAGUUCUGACAUUCGUCAAAAGUUAGUAAAUACUCAGAACGUGUCAGCCUCUCAGGUUGAUGUAGCUGUUAAAAUUAAUAAGAAAGUUGUGCCCCUGGACUUUUCUAUGAGUUCCUUAGCUAAACGAAUAAAGCAGUUACAUCAUGAAGCACAGCAAAGUGAAGGUGAACAGAAUUAUAGGAAGUUUAGGGCAAAGAUUUGCUCUGGAGAAAAUCAAGCAGCCGAAGAUGAACUAAGAAAAGAGAUAAGUAAAACGAUGUUUGCAGAAAUGGAAAUCAUUGGUCAGUUUAACCUGGGAUUUAUAAUAACCAAACUGAAUGAGGAUAUCUUCAUAGUGGACCAGCAUGCCACGGAUGAGAAGUAUAACUUCGAGACACUGCAGCAGCACACCGUGCUCCAGGGGCAGAGGCUCAUAGCACCUCAGACUCUCAACUUAACUGCUGUUAAUGAAGCUAUUCUGAUAGAAAAUCUGGAAAUAUUUAGAAAGAAUGGCUUUGAUUUUGUUAUUGAUAAAAAUGCUCCAGUCACUGAAAGGGCUAAACUGAUUUCCUUGCCAACUAGUAAAAACUGGACCUUUGGACCCCAGGACAUCGAUGAACUGAUCUUUAUGCUGAGCGACAGCCCUGGGGUCAUGUGCCGGCCUUCCCGAGUCAAGCAGAUGUUUGCCUCCAGAGCCUGUCGGAAGUCGGUGAUGAUUGGGACUGCUCUUAACACCAGUGAGAUGAAGAAACUGAUCACCCACAUGGGGGAGAUGGACCACCCCUGGAACUGUCCCCAUGGAAGGCCAACCAUGAGACACAUUGCCAACCUGGGUGUCAUUUCUCAGAACUGACUGUAGUCACUGUAUGGAAUGAUGGGUUUUAUUGCCGAUUUUUAUGUUUUGAAAAACAGGGUCUUCACUAACCGUUUUUGUUUUAAAAUGAACCUGCUACUUUAAAAAAAUACACAUCAGACCCAUUUAAAAGUGAUCUUGAGAACCUUUUCAAACCAGAUGGAGCAUUGCUUGUAAAAUUUUUUUUCUCUGUUUGCAUGCACUUGUGUGUUUGUGUGUCCAGGCAAGAAUAUGUUUUAUAAAA